AUGGCGACUGGACCAAAAACUGUACUACAUCGGCCCGACCGUCUGUCUCUGAGGCAGCCGAUUUGCCCCAGGUCUACAGGCACCCAACCAGCCACCAACUCCACUCAACUCCACGCCAAGCUGGAUUGUAAACCCGACGAACUGACCAAUCUGUGCGCUUGGGCAGACGGCAUCGAACAAUGUUGCCCUGGCAACAAGGCCAGUGCACUGGUACGACGGGAUAGCCUGCCGGUUGGGCCAGUUUAUAGCACCAUAACGACCACGAGCCAGCCAGAUGUUGCCCUCGGCACUGGGACAGCACAUAAACAUGCACAUAUUUAUGCAGGGACACAGAAAGAGAGACAUUUAUGGGUUCACAGGGGAGUACAGGCUGUCUCCAGCCUCAUCAUGUCGACAAUGGAGACUUCGGAGUGUGGAUGCGCUUGGUUGUGGAGGUAUGUGUCGAUCGGCCUCUCUCUCUGGCGGUCCAGGGUGCGAGUCGAUGAGUUGAGGCUGGGCGACGCAGCAUACCGAUGCAACUUCGUGGGCUCCAAUGGAGCAGACGACAGGAACCACAUUUGUGUUCUGUUGUAUCGUGCAGUUUCACAGAAACUGAUGAAGCCAGGAGGCCGUCACUUCGGCGCCCAGUGA